AAAAGAAACAUAGAAGGUAGAUAGGAUUCCGAUUGGUCUAGUGAUUGGAGCAAGCGGGGCGAGGUUGUUUGUCCCCCUACACACUUGCACAGUUCUAAAUUCUCGCUAAAUCAUCUUAAUUAGCUGCUACAUAAAAGACGUACAUGGAGUUGCUUCCUCUUUGACACGAUAGCAAUUUGCAAAUGGCAAUGGCUCAGCGUCGUCUCCUAAGGGCUGUCUUCCUCUCUCUCCUGUACCAGUACUACCAUGCCGAGUCCCUCGCCUUCCGCUACGAAUCCAUCAACACGGCCAACAAGGCCGACUUCGGCGCGCUCGGGGACGACUGCAAGAUCAACGACAUCAGGGCCGACCUCACAGGCGAAAGCAGCAACAGCUACGCCAACAACCGUGGCCGGCUGGUGUUCCCCAGCCCGGUGCAGCUCUGGGACGCUGCCACCGGCGAGAAGGCCAGCUUCACAACCAACUUCUCCUUCGGCAUCGACGCCGUGCCCGGGCAGAAGGUCGGCCACGGCAUGGCCUUCUUCCUCACCUCACAAGUCAACGGCCCGUCUAACAUACCCCCGGAUUCAUACGGCGGCUACCUCGGCCUCUUUAGUCCGGGAGCCACCGGAGGUGAGAAGGUCGUCGCCGUCGAGUUUGACACGUUCAAGGACCAGUGGGACCCUAGCGACUAUCACAUCGGAGUCGAUAUUAACAACAUCGCCUCGUUCGGUAACUACAGCCAGACGUUGCCGAAAGGUAGCUUUGUUGGCCGGGUCAUGUCCGCACAGAUCGACUACGACGGAGGCACGGGACAACUAAGUGUCGUUCUGCGCAACGGCAGCAGCGACGGUGCCACUUAUAAUCUCAGCGCCAACGUCGACCUGCGAACCCUGCUGCCGGACAAGGUAAUCAUCGGCUUUUCAGCGGCGACCGACUCGAAGCGGACUGCGAUGCACUACGUGCUAUCCUGGUCCUUCAGCUCUACGUCAAUUGAAGGAUCACAGCGGCGGCGCACUGGCGUAUCGCUCGUGGCCGGCGUGACGGCUGCAACAGUGCUGGCUCUCCUGCUAAGCACGGUUGUCGGGGUGAUGAUGUGGCGGUCCAGACGGAAGGAACAGUCUACCGACGACGACGACGACCCGUGGUCGAUCGACGAGGACCUCGAGUCGGGGUCGGGGCCGCGGCCGUUCCAGCUGAGUAAGCUGACGGCGGCAACGAGGAACUUCGCCGAGAAGGAGAAGCUCGGACAGGGAGCGUCCGGGUCCGUGUAUCGCGGACGCGUCGACGAGCUCGACGUCGCCAUCAAGGUGUUCUCCAGGGCUGGCUCGGCGCAGGGGAAGCGGGAGUACACCGCGGAGGUCACCGUGAUCAGCCGUCUCCGGCACCGCAACCUGGUGCAUCUCAUAGGCUGGUGCGACGGCCGCAAGAAGCUUCUGCUCGUCUACGAGCUCGUGCCCAACGGAAGCCUCGACCGGCACCUCCACAGCGCGACGGCGGUGCUUCCAUGGCUGGCGAGGCAUAGGAUCAUUCUCGGGCUUGGUGCUGCCGUGUUGUACCUGCACGAGGAGUGGGGGCAGUGCGUCAUCCACGGCGACAUAAAGCCGAGCAACAUUAUGCUCGACGAAUCGUUCGACGCGAAGCUCGGCGACUUCGGCCUCGCACGGCUCAUGGACCAUGGCGUCGGCCUGCAGACCAUGACCGCCGUGGCCGGCACGCCUGGAUACCUUGACCCGGAGUGCCUCGCCUCGGGGAAGGCCAGCGCCGAGUCUGACGUGUACAGCUUCGGCGUCGUGCUUCUGGAGGUCGCCACCGGCAGGCGACCCAUGGCGCCUCCACCGCCGGGCGACAAGAGGAUCUUCCGGCUGGUGGAGUGGGUAUGGGGUCUCUAUGGCCGUGCCAUGGUGCUGCACGCGGCCGACGAGGCGCUAAGCGGGGUGUUCGACGCCCAGGAGAUGGAGCUCGUGUUGGUGGUCGGGUUGUGGUGCGCACACCCCGACGCAACGGCGCGGCCGAGCAUCAGGGAGGCAGUCGAGGCGCUGCGCUCCGGCGAGGCCGCCAAGCUGCCCAGGCUUCCGCCUCGGAUGCCUGUGGCGAUAUACGUGCAGCCUUACGAUCCGAUUGAAAAGUAUGUUGUCGUCGACGACUCGUCGAGGGCAAGCACGUCCGUCAAGGCGAACCUCGAGAUGAGCUCUCACGAUUACGCCGACCAGCCUCUGUCGACGGACGAACACCAUAUAAUGUUUACCAGCUCGAGCAGUCCUCCCUCUGGGUCAAAACAGUCGGUUCGUCUGCUCAGAGGAAGGUAGUUGGUCAAGGAUCAUUUCUUCUAUCCUCUUGAAACUCUAUCAGGGAAAAAAAUGCACCACAACGUUGAUGAAAAUCGGAGGAUACUACAUCAAAGUCUCAAAAUGCCAUUUAGGAAAGGAAAUUAUUACAAUAGUCACAUGGAAACAUAUGAGCUUGCCGAUAGAGUAAAAUGCAU